GCAUCGCAUAUUUUAGGACAGCAUUGCUUUAUAUUCCUUACGAGGUCCGAACCGAACCAUCAAUUCUCGUCCAAAUGCCAUUCGCCUGAUUCGCCCACUCGCCGCUCCGCAUGCACGCGCCAGCAUCAGAUCGUGAGUGCAGCAGCUCACGCCAUGGCCAGAACCCCCCGGAAUCGGCAGCAUCGGCCGUCUGGCUUUGCGCAAGCAGCACAGCCCGACAGGCCGACAGAGGUCGUCGCGAAAGCCUCAAGCGCGGCGACUGCGACAGUCGUGCGAAGAGCGUUACAGGAUUCACCGUCGCCUCACCUGCCGUCGCCUAUAUCCGUCUCCUCCCCUUCGUCUUCUCACCAAGCGGCUGCCGCUGCCAGCGAAAAUAGGCCUCAUGUCAAAUCAGCUAUCAGUCCGAUAUACGGCAAGCGAACUUUCGCUACAGUCACACCCGCUCCCGCGAAAGCCAGUUCCCCCGUUAGAAGCGACGGGCUGAUCCGCGCGCUGUUACUGUACGGCGUGGCCUCGCUGAUCCUCCUCCUCGUGCUUAUAGGCGAGCUGCAUCGCGCGCACGUGGCCUCGUUAGUAUCCGACCCUGGCUCGCAGCAGCGGCACCCUCGUUAUAGUCACAAUCAGCAGGGGGGCAGCAAGCAACAGCAUAAUCAGCAUAAGAACCAGCAGCAGCAGCAGCAGCAGCAACAGCACCCAUGGCAUGUGCGCAUUAGGCAUGGCAUGUUUCAAAAAAACCCCUCUGAUCACCCCCAUUCUCACUCCCUAUCUCCCUCACUCUCUCACUCACUCUCUCACUCACUCUCUCACUCCCUCCCUGACGCUGAGUCGGCCUCUGAUAAGGCUGCUGGUGCUGGUGGCUCAGAGCCAUCUCGCCACGCUCUGAACCCAGCGAGCCUCAGCGAUUGGCUGCAGGCGCACGGGUGGCGCAUCAGCAACCCCCUGGCGGACCCCAGCUUCCGAGAGCAGGACGAGGAGGAGGAGGAGGGCGGGUGGGGGCAGUUGAUACAGGAGCAGCAGGCCGGCCAAGGGAAGGGGAGAUCAGCAGCAGCUGGAGAUGGUGAUGGUGGUGGUGAUGGUGCUGCUGUUGGUGGUAGGAAAAGCGGUGCCGCUGCUUCAAGCCAAGCCAGCCCAAGCCCCGCCGACUCAAUCCCAGCCGACGCCAAUGCCACUUUCCUGCGUCUGCUGCAGCAGCAGGGGGACUACGCAUGCGCCCUGUGGUUGCACAACGCGUGCUACGCCUUCAACCCGCUCUUCCACUCCGUCCCCGUGGCCAAUCACGAGUUCGAGAAGAUCAUGCUGCGCGAGCGAAUCACGGACCGCCACGUCGGCGUGUGGUUCUGGAAGGACCCCAGAUACGACCUGUCCCGGUUGAACCUGUCUGAGAACAUCUGCACGGGGAGAGCUGCCCUGCCCCCGCUGCGCCGGGAGCAUUUCUCGAGUGCGGAUGGGCGGGAUUUGCCGGAGCUGACGGCCCGUGUGGGGCCGUUUGUGCAUGCGGGCGACGCUGAGCUCUUCUUCCUGCACGGCCGCCCUCCGCCUGACCUGGUGGGUGCUGCUGCUGGGAACCCUUUUAGCAGCAACAACACCAGCAGCAGCAGCAGCAGCAGCGGCGGCGGCGGCGGCGGCGGCGGCAGCAGGACCAUAGAGCAGAUCCUGCAGCCCACGCGUCUGCCGUACUCGUCGUACGCCAUCUCCUUGGAGCAGCCGGAGCAGUGGGUGGACGCGGGCGUGGUGUCGCUGCGGGACGGGCACCUGGGGCACUUUGUGGAGUUCGUAGGAGGCAUGACGGAGGUCGCCAGGCACCUGCCCAGAGAUGGUGAUGUGGACGACCUGCAGCCAGUGCUCUUCUUCCCAAGCGGCGCGGGAGUAUCAAGGUGGGUGGCGGCAGCUGGCGCUGUUGCCAUGCGCGGCCCUGAAGCCCUUAAAGAGUUUCAAGGCACACGUGGCCCUAGAGCCACAGCACAGCCGGGCAGCAGAUCGGGCUUACCGCACCCAGACAGCUCAACACCGACAGCAGGGGCAGCAGGGGCAGCAGCAGACACAGCAGGCUUGAUUCAUUCAGCAGAGACAGCAGCAGGCGUAGCUUACACAGCCGGCGCUGCACACACAGCAGCAGCAUCCCCGGCAGUGAUGGUGGGCCGUGACUGGACGCACACGACGUGCUUCCGAGACGUGUUCUUCCCGCUCUCCAUCGCCCACACCCCCUCCUCCGCUGACCUCUUCCGCCUCUGGGUGGCACAGGGUGUGGGGCUCGGACCCACGCUUAAAGCCCAGCAGGCGGACCCGAGAAUUUGGACGGAUGAGAUUGAGAGGGUUACAAGUGGUGGGAAGAGAGAUGAGAAUGUUGAAACAGCAGGGGAGGGGAGGAAGGAGAAGAAGAAGAACGGGAAGGAAGAGAAAGGCAAUGAGGGGAGAAGGGGCAAGUCUGGCCAGGGAGGUGAAGAGGGAAAGGUAGGCUUUGGUAAGCCACAAGGGGAUGCAAGAAAAGGAGUGAAGAGAGGUGAGAAGGCAGCUACAGGCAAAGCUCCUACUGUGAAGCAACAUGCGGGCGUUUCCAGUGCCAGCAAGGGCGUAGUUAGAGCCAGGCUUGCUUCUCACCAAAAGAGGCACCUGCUGCAAGUGCAGGCAUGGAGUCAGAGCAGCAGCAGCAGCAGAGACCUCCAGUUAUUGAGGCGCCUCAAAGCAGAGGGGUCAACUUCGAGCAGCAGAGAGCAGCAGCAGCGGCAGCAGGAGAGUAGGAGAGGGGGUGGGAAGAAGGGGAGAGGGGGGAGGCGGAUCGCUUAUCAGAUAACGGUGGUGGAGCGCAAGGGCGUGCGCACCAUCAGCAACUUCAGAGCCAUGGCCGGCCUCCUGAGGACCGUCUUUCCAAGGCUGCCUGUCAAGGUCGUCUCCCUCGAGGCCAUGCCGUUUGCCGCCCAGGUGCGUGCAAUGCACCGGACGGCGUUGCUUGUCUCGAUGCACGGGGCGUCCAUGGCUAAUGUGGUGCUGCUGCAGCGAGGGGCGGCAGCGCUUGAGAUCAUGCCCUUCAUGUGGCACUACGGAGCAUAUAAGAGGAUUGCCCUGCGCUUCGGCUUGCACUACUUCAUGUGGCGCAAUGAUCACCGCAACCUCUCCAGCUACACCGACAACUGCCUCGAUGCCAAUGGCUUCAGCCAAUGGCAGGCUGCCAAGUGUCACACAGUCACGGCAUGCAGAGCCUGCAUUCGUGACAAGGUGGUGACAGAGGUUCACCUGGGGGAGCUAAGAUCUGUGUUGCUUGCUGCAAGGGAGGUGGUUGACCAAUGGGAGCUUAGAAGAGGAACAUCCUUUGUAGAGCUUCCUGAUGAAUCAACUGCAGCUGAAAGCUAGUAUUAGGGCAUGUUCCUACAGGCCUCGGGCUCGCCCUUAUCAGACUCGCGAUAUCUGCCUGACUGACGAGAGUGCCACACAUCGCACCGCUCUACACCGCAGUAAACCAACUCGCGUCAAACCCGGAGAGCUGCACAGCCUCAUGCAAUCUAGAAUUAGUGGUACUCUAUAAGAGGCCUGCAGGAACAAGCUCUCAUAUGGGUAUCUUAUUGGCGUCUACCUCCACGAAUGUUCAUCAUGU